AAGGGUUCAAAAUCCGACUAACGGGUCUAGGUCAGAGAGGCUGAGCAGCUCCUCUGUCAUCACAUGUCGUUGACUCGUUGAGGACCCGGAUCACGGCCCGGGCAUCCGAGUGCUUUUUUCAAAGUGAGAUGGAUUUUAUGGCGGAUCAUUACGCGCAGAAGUACCAAGAGGAUGGCUAUGUUGUCCUGGACGGGCUCCUGACAGCAGAGGAGUGUGAUCAGCUCAGAUGCAGGAUGGCAGAGAUAGUGGAUGGGAUGGAUGUCCCGGAACAUUGCCGUAUCACCUUCUCUACCGAUAACGACCAGCUGAAAGACCAGGGGAAUGCUGAUUAUUUCCUCACCAGCGGGGACAAGAUACGUUUCUUCUUUGAGAAAGGCGUUUUUGAUGACAACGGUGAAUUUACAGUUCCACGAGAACGUUCUUUGAACAAAGUCGGUCAUGCCCUCCAUGCUCAUGAGCCUUCGUACAAAAAGAUGACACACUCGCCCCAGGUCCAGGGAAUUGCUAAGAAGCUCGGUCUUCAAAGCCCUGUGAUUCUACAAAGCAUGUACAUUUUUAAGCAACCAGGGAUUGGUGGAGAGGUGACUCCUCAUCAAGACGCUACGUUCCUGCACACCACCCCGCUGGGCAGGGUGAUGGGCCUUUGGGUCGCCCUGGAGGACGCCACCGAGGACAAUGGCUGCCUCUGGUUCAUCCCUGGGACGCACAACAGUGGUAUUUCUCGUCGUAUGGUGCGGACCCAAGAAGGCUACCCGUUGACAAAUUUUGUUGGCCAAGAACAGGCCUACGAUGACGAUAAAUUCGUUCCCGCCCCAGUGAAGAAAGGUGGGGUGGUCCUGAUCCACGGGCAGGUGGUGCACCGCAGUGCGCCCAACACCUCCGACAACUCCCGCCAUGUUUACACGUUCCACCUGAUGGAGACCGAGGAGACUCGCUGGAGCCCUGAGAACUGGCUCCAGCCCACAGAAGAGCUCCCUUUCCCCGCACUCUACACCACAUGAAGGAUCAGAAUAUGGUUUUCUUCUCCUUGUGUCAUCACGCUUCCCAGUGGUCUGAGAAAGCGCCAACUUGCCCGAACAUUAUGUUGUCACGUUAUUACAUGGUCAGGUUUAAGUCCAAUCAGUCAGUCUACUGGGAAAUAUAUCCUUUAUGUCUAUCCUUAUUCAACUGUUACUAACAACUACACAUUGCAUUCUACGCGUCGGCGUUGUGAUACACUUACAUCUUCAGAAGAGAGGAAAAAAAGUCUUACCGGUGUACUUUCUAAGCUAAGAUUCACCAAUUAUAUGUUCGAUUGUAAUGGACACUGAAGACCUUUUGUACCAUAUACUACUAAUAAUUGUUACAAUUAAUAUUGUACUUUUUUUUGUGAUUAUUAUAUAUAUAUAUAUUUUGGUUUAUUGAAUCCAAACAAACCGCCUGUUUUGGAAGGAACACCUGAUAUGUACAACACACUAUUUUCUCAGCUUGGAUAUUUCAUCUAUUUUCUUAACUUGUCCACCCGAAUGUCCACCCCUUUUUUGCUAUUGGAGUGCAAAACAAUCAAUCUUGUUGAAAUAAAACGGCGCAAUCUUGA